UAUAUAAAGUUUAAAAAAUUUGAAUUUUUUUGAUCACCUAUCUCUUUCAAAGAUGGAAAUAAAUAACGAAAAUUUGAUAUUUCCAAUAUCAAUUCCACAAGACUCCAUUAAGAUUGAUGAUAUAUAUGAAGAAGUUUUUCUUUUGUUCACAGAAGACAAUAUUAGUGUAAACAUUUCACAAAAUCAAUCCCUUCUUUCUGUCCGCGGUACAACGGGAACCGUCCUUUGGGACUCUAGCAUUAUGCUAGCAAAAUUUAUGAAUAAUCAUCGCACGUGGUUAAAUUUUUCAACAGAAAAAACAAAAAUACUUGAGUUAGGUUCGGGAUGUGGAUUAACAGGUAUAAGUCUCGUUCCUUUGGUAAAAUUGGUAACAUUGACCGAUCAAGCGAAUGUUUUGCCGCACCUCUGGAAAAACGUUAAACGAAACUUGGGAAAAGAUUAUAUGAAUGUAAUUGUAACAGAUUUAUUAUGGGGUGAAGAAAUUGAUAAAGAUAUUCUAAAACAUCAAUGGGAUUUUGUUAUUGCUAGUGACUGCGUAUACAACGAAUUCAUACUUGAUGCUUUUAUUACAACUUUAACUAAAAUUUGUCUUUGCGGAAAAAAUAAUGAAAUUCAUCCUACAAUUGCUAUUAUUGCAUUAGAACUUAGAUCAGAUACAACUCAUUUGGUAUUUUUGGAAAAAAUGAAUGAUUUUGUGAUAUGGCGAUUGCCAAAUUCGAUGUAUGGAGAAGAAUUCAGUAGAGGUUAUGUACUUUAUGUCGCUUGGCUUAAAGCCUUAAAAACUAAGCUUUUUGAUUGGGUUAAGUAAAUAAAUGCUAAGAUUCAUAUUUGAUUUUCGUCAUUUUUUAUCAAUGAUUCAGUGCUACAGUUAUAAAAAGUAUAAAUAAGCCCACUGGUUUAACUUGCAAAAAUUUUUUUUCUCUCUUUUUUUGAAAAAAAAAAAAAAAA